AUCCAACAGGUGAAUGGUGGGAAUUAUGGGAUGAUAAUCAUCAACUGCCUUAUUAUUAUAAUACGGCAUCUGGGCAGACAGAAUGGGUUCGUCCGGAAAGUGGAACAAUUAUUCCACUGACAAAAAUUCAGAAUUCGUCAAUUGGUAAAAGGAUAUCAAUUGCGUUGACUCCAACGGAUGAUGAGAUUGAUAUAAGUCAAUUACAACAAAUUAAUGGAUUAAGACAUGCUAAUAUGGUAUCCCCGGAACGCUCUUCUGGGUUAUUAAGUAUCAAUUACGUUUUAUCGAAACAUAAUUCAGCUUCAUCAAUAGCUUCACCGUCCUCGGAAAUUAAAUCAUCAAGUCAAGAACAACUCGACUCUGAUUUUAUGAGGAAUGAAAAUGAAGAUAACGAUAUAAAUUCCUCAAUUAAAGAAACUAGUCAAUUAGAAGUUUCGAACAAUUCAACUUUUAAUGAAGAAAAUCCCGUAAACUAUGAUAUUAUGGGCUCCUCAUCUCAAAAUUCUUCUACUGAUAAAUAUGGAGUUUCAAACUCUUUUGAUAUACCUUCCCGGGAUAUUGACUUAAUUCCGAUAAGACGGAAUUCAAAAGUUUCAAUUGAUUCUGUGAUGAGCGUAUCUACGGCUUCAACUUCUAGACCAAAAACCCCAAAUUCUGGAAACAUCCCUAAUAGUGGAAAUCAAUUGUUCAAGAUUAUGUCUCCGAAGAAAUCUACUGAAGCCGCUGAACGUGCAAGAAAGACUGGAAUUAGCAACCCUCGUGUAAACUAUG